AGAAAAAAAGAAAGAAGAGAUUACUUAUGUAUAGGUAGGGAAUAUUAAUGUUAUCUGAAGUAGAUAUAAUCUUUAUAUUAAAGGAUAUUAUGAUGAGUAGCCUUCAAUGGGGAGUGAUGUGGUAGUUGUUAAUCCCUUAUCCUCCUCUUCUCCUUUACUACGCCACAGAUUUCCAUUCAACAAUUCUACUUCAAUAAAUUACACACGCUGUUUCUCCAGUAGCAGGCGCCCAAAGGACUACCAGGGGUAUUGCUGGGAUAAAGGAACAGAGUCUGGUUUUGGAAGUAGCAAGCGGAUUUGGUUGUCCGAUGAUGAUGAUGAGUAUGACGACGAAGAAGAAGAAGCUCGAUUUGUUGAUGGUUUUGGAGCUAUGGAAGGUUCCAUUGGUUUUGCCUGGGUUAUCAAGGUGUUCAGAGCCUUUGGUUGGAUGCUUCCGGCUAUUAUUAUGUCAGCGGUACUUGGAACAGGUACAAAUACCAUUAUCAUGGCAAUAACACUUCCUUUAGCACAGUCUGCUCUUUCUUUACUGAUGGAUGCCUUCUGGGGAUGGUCCGACGAAGGCCCACGAUCCAAGUACAAGAAAAAGAAAAGACGCUAUGCUAGAGCAGCGAGCAACCCUGGAAUAAGAAUGGGAAAAGGACAAAAUACUCGGAAUGGAAAAGGAGUUAGAGACUAUCAGUCCUCAAAUGGUGCAUCAGAUAGAAAAAAUUCUGGAAGCAAUCUAAAUUUUGGUGGCUGGGAUGAACUAGACAAUCAUGGGAUGGAAAGAGAGCAGAAAAAGCCCGUUAAUCGAAGACCGGCUCAACCAAGACAGUUGACUGAUGGUAAAUUGAGUAAGAGAAUCGGAAGGAGAGAAACUCCAUUGCUACUCAGACUGCUAUUUGCUGUUUUCCCGUUCUUGGGAUCGUGGACCAAGCUAUUGUAAAUUUGUAAUGGACUUCCGGAGUUGAAGCCUUUUGUAGAGUCAAACCUUAGCGUGGCAGCAAGCAAUCUUUAUUUGGUCCUUCUUGUUUUUCUCUAAGCUAGACUUGGAACCCGAAUCACAUAGAUGUACAGAUUAAACAUAGUAUAGAUGAGCUUGUGUUCAUUCUUACUCAGCUCGAGCACUCUUGUCCUAAAAUAAUGCCAAACAAAAAAAAGCAUCAUAAAAGACCUUGAUUACUUUGUCUCUUUUGUUUCAGAAGGAUUUGUCUUUUGUUUUCUUCUAGCGCUCGGGAAAUGAUAUGAAGAUACCAAUAGAGUGUUAAGCAGUGCAUGAACUGAACUUUUGUUUCGGAUUGAAGUGAAACUGGCGUUCUUAAA